AUGGGCAAUUGCGCUUCUUGCCUGGGGAGCAGGCGACGAGAUGAUUAUGAUGAGGACGACGAGGCGCAGCAUCUCUUUGACGACCCGAACAACCUCCAAUACGGCAGUUUUGAACAGCAACAGAUGAUGGGCCCCGAGGAUCCACAGGAGGUUCAAAGAGAGAUUGAGGCUCUGCAGAGGGUGGUUGCGCGCACGUCAGACAACAUGGUCGACAUCUAUGACAUUGCACCAAGCAACCACCGGACGGCGUCGCCUUCUGCGGCUCCAGACAGUCCCGAGAUGCCAUACGCAUAUCCCGCCGCUGCCCCCGACGCCAACCUGGUCCGCUAUCACAACCUCCUCUCCAAACUCUCGUCACACGACGACCUGGCUGCUGUGGCACGAGUCGAUUGGGGCACCCCCGACGACGACACCAUCGAGAUGCAGCAAAACACCGCUAUACCCAUCAAGCUCGAGGGAGCCACGGAACCUCUUGUUGGCAACUUUGCUGAUGCUGCAGCUGCGAUGCGCUGA